AUGGGAUCAUGUAUGACCCGCAUGAAAGCCGAAAUGGUACCACCUCCACCCAGAGCAGGAAACUGGCAAUCAUGUGCACCGCAGCGGCCCGAAACGUGUAUUCCUGGCGAAAUGCAACAGGUGAUGUACAGAAAGACCACUGCUCAAAGCUCGGGAAAUGGCUCGCCAUUGGAUAGGAAGGAGACGGAGAGUGGGAUCCCUGGACUGACAUAUGACCAGGCUGGUCGUCCUGUAUGGCGAGAAGAAAAUGCUGUGAGGGUUGAACAUAAGGAAAAUAUGUGGUGA